CCUCUUUGCUCUUGAGGAUGUGUAGGGUUUUGUAGUGUACUGUUCAUCUAGCGAUACAAGGCAGCAUGUGACCUCCUCCUGUUGGAGGUGUGAACCCUGCUAAUCACAGACUGCUUUCAGCAAGGUCUGAGCUGAAGAGGGUAGGAAGUUUGUGGGCCAAAGCUCUUGAGCUCCCUUUUCUGGGCAAGAGCUGGUGCAUGUGUUCUCUGCAUGUGCUGCUGCCUCCUCAUAGCUGUUGGCAGUGGCAACCAGGAGUGGUUUUCUGCAGCCCUUGUGAAGCAAAGAAGAACAGGAGUCUCAAAGGGCUUUCAAGGGCUUCCGAGGUACCAGCGUGUUGCUGACUGAAGAACUGACAAUACAAGCUUUAAUCCACACUGCUUCUUUAGCCUAAUACUUGAUGAUGGAAGAUCUAAAAAAACAGUUGAACCAGGUAGAAAGACCCAUCAAAGCCAAAUAAUUCAGCUAACAUGUUUUGUAACCAGUGUGUUUCUCAGAAGCAAUAAGAUUAUGUGGAUCAGCUGGUGCGCUUUGUGUUUGGUGAAAAGAAGCUUAUUUAAAUUAAGAGAGCCAGGAGAUCUGUGUCUCAGUCCAGAAGGAAGAUGGGUUCCACAGAAGACCUCGACUAUCCUCAAAUCAUCAUGCAAUACAGCAAUGGAUUUUUAAUCUCAAAGGUUAUGUUCACUGCCUGUGAGUUGGGGGUGUUUGAUCUUCUUCUGGAGUCAGGAAAUCCUCUGUCUUCAGAUGCCAUUGCUGCAGGUCUGGGUGCCAGCACAAUGGGGAUGAGAAGACUGCUGGAUGCCUGUGUGGGAUUGAAGCUCUUGGCAGUAGAGAUGACCCAAGAAGGAGCUCUCUACAGAAACACAGAAAUUUCCAACGUCUACCUUACAAAAUCAAGUCCGAAGUCUCAGUAUCAUAUUAUGAUGUAUUAUUCCAACACAGUCUACUUGUGCUGGCAGUACCUGGCUGAUGCUGUGAGAGAAGGAAGAAACCAGUAUGAAAGAGCUUUUGGUGUUUCAUCUAAAGACCCUUUUGGAGCAAUGUACAGAUCAGAUGAAGAAAUGCUAAAAUUCAUGGCUGGCCAGAACUCAGUAUGGAGGAUAUGUGGCAGAGAUGUUCUUGCUGCAUUUGACCUUUCCCCUUUCACACAGAUCUAUGACUUGGGAGCACCCUGCUGUCCCAGCACUGCUGAGUGCUGUCAGGAUUCACAGGACAAGGCAGGCUCCUUCCUGGUCUCCCUCACUUCUUCCCCAGAGCCUGGAGGUGGAGGAGCUUUGGCCCAAGAGUGUGUUUCUUUGUAUCCCAAUUCCACCGUCACGAUUUAUGACCUGCCCAAAGUUGUGCAGGUGGCCAAAGAACAGUUUGUUUCCCCUGAGGAUCAUCAGAUCACUUUCCACGAAGGAGACUUCUUUAAUGAUUCAAUACCUGAAGCUGAACUGUAUAUUUUAUCCAAGAUACUGCAUGAUUGGGAUGAUGACAAAUGCAAACAACUGCUGGCAAAAGUCUACAAAGCUUGCAAACCUGGUGGUGGAGUGCUGCUGGUUGAAUCUCUUCUGAAUGAGGAUAAAAGUGGGCCUGUAGAAACCCAACUGUAUUCAAUGAAUAUGUUGGUCCAGACAGAAGGGAAAGAGAGGACAGCAGCAGAGUACAGCAAGCUCCUGGAGGCAGCUGGCUUUGGAGUGAUUCAAGUAAAGAGGACUGGAAAACUCUAUGAUGCUGUUUUAGGAAGGAAAUAGUAGAAUGUGUUUUAUGUAUGUAACAAAACAGAAAAGGUUGAGAAAUGUGCUAUUCUCUUCUUAGUGGGCAAUGAUCAGUUUAGCUUUUAGUCAAGGCUGCCAACUUUUUUGGAAGCUGAUACAUUGUCAAAAGACUCACCAAUAACAGAUCUUCAACAUGCAUGUAUUACAAAUCCGGAAGCUGUCUUGGCUUGCCUUUGGAUCUGUGAGGAAAAGAAAGAAACAAGAAACAAUCCACAAAAGAAAUGUGUAGUGUGUCUGCUUCAGCUUGUAUCAGUCUCUGAUUUUUAAUACUGUAUCUGACAAAAGCAGAGCUGAAUUUGUACUUGAGUUCCUGCAAAAUAAAAAUAAUCCCUGUACUGA